AUGUCAAGUUUUUCUCGAUCUGCCCAGCAAUGGGCCACCUUUGCUCGCUCGUGGUUCCUGAUUGAUGCCCGAAUGCAGCCACCUGGGAAAAUAGCAACCAUGUGCUCUGUCAGGCUGCAAGGGAAGCACAAACCUAUUUAUCACGCACUCAGUGACUGUGGUGACCAUGUAGUUGUAAUAAACAGCAAACACAUUGCCUUCUCUGGAAAUAAAUGGGAGCAGAAAGUUUACUCAUCACAUACAGGAUAUCCUGGGGGCUUCAAACAGGUCACUGCUGCACAGCUCCACCAGAAAGACCCCAAAGCUAUCGUGAAGUUAGCUGUGUAUGGUAUGUUGCCUAAGAAUCUGCACAGACGUACCAUGAUGCAGCGCUUGCACAUCUUUCCUGAAAAUGAGCUGCCUGAAGACAUCCGGGCCAAUCUGACAGAGGAGCUGCCUCAGCCCAGGGAAAUUCCCAGGAAGCUCAGCGAGUACACGCAGGAGGAGAUCGAUGCCUUCCCCAGACUCUGGACGCCACCUGAAGACUUCAAGAUGGAGUGA